AUGCAAAGUCAGGGCCCUCCGACGCCGACCACCCUUUCAUUCGCGCCACCGAUCGAGUCAACGGAUAUUUUCGAGACAUGUCCGGAGGAAGCAUCUCCCAGACCAGCGGGAGUGAAAAGAUGGCUCAGCACGCUACGUCGCCGAAAGCAUCAAGCACAACUGAAUCGCUCUCCCGGUCAACAACCAUGGACGGUGGCCAACUUCGGAAGCCGGUCGACCUCGCCUGCAAAAGACAAAUCGCUUCACCAUAAGAACACCGACUCUCAAGGCUCGUCGAUGGCGUUUGUCUCUGCCGUCAAGUCGGCCACGGCAACUAUCGCGAGUGCCAGCAUAGCAACAGUGUCCAGAAGGAAUGCCAGAUGGCGCCGCGGCCAUCAACGCAGCAGCAUGCUCUCGGGCUCCGAUCCUCGCCCAUCCAUGGACAGUCAUCGAUCGAUCAUGGACGAGGCAGCCAAACAGCGCUCGAAAAGGAGGCGAGAGAAGAUCGAAGAGUUGAUUCGAACCGAGGAGAACUACGUUGCGGACAUCAAAGCCUUGUCGAAUGCAUACUGCACGAUUAUCGGUCAUCAGCCUUCACCUACGAGCUUUGCCAGAAUUUGUGCGCAAAAGAACAUCUCGGCAAUGCUGCAACUCCACGAUGACCUUCUGGGCCAACUGCAUCGGAUUGUGCCUUUCGCAGAGUGCGACCAACGCAUGGCACGAAUGCCUCCUGGACUGCCGUCUUCCCACUCGCACACCCGCUGGCACAGCGUGGACGUAGUCCCAUCUCAACCCACACCCACUCGGUCGAAGCUGGCUUCCAUUCGCCAAGCUCGUCGCUCGCUCAACAUCAAUCGAUCUGUCGAGGAUGACCACCCGAUGCUGCGCUGCAGCCCAUUUGUCGUUUCGGUGAUGGCAAAGGCAUUUCGAGAACAUAUGAAUCGCUUCGCGCUAUAUGAAGAAUACGGGGCGAAUUAUGAGGUGGUGCUGAGCGACAUCGACGAUGUACAGCGGGCGACUUCGAUGUGGUCGGACUUUGACAGGGCGAUUGAGGCCCUAUCGGUGCAUGUCAAUCCUGUGAAGAGUCGUGAGGCGAACCGGAAGAAAGCAAUGACGGUCAAAGAUCUACUGAUCAAGCCCAUUCAGCGACUACCGAGAUACGAGCUCCUAUUUGGCGACCUGUGCAAGCUCACUCCCGUCUGCGACGACCCGGAGGCCAAUGCCGCGAUACAAGACCUUCUACACGACAUCAGCGCAGCCUGCCGACGCAUGAACGAAGCCAAAGAUGACCCGGUGAAGUCACGCAUGCUGGAAGCAACUUGGCUGCUCGGGGAUCGCCUCACCUUCUCCAACCAAGUCCCUCGCUCUGUCUUCCUCCAGCUCCUCGGGCAGGUUCAUCUGUGCGGCUGCUUGCACAUUGCAUAUCGAAGCAAAGAUCGCAUCAAGGGGUUGUACGCCAUUUGCAUUCUGUUCGACUCGACGCUGCUUGUUGCGAUUGCGAACGAGGACCCUUCGCGGUAUGCGACUCUGGCAGGCAUCCCCCUUGCGAAUGCUGCUGUGGUGGAGAGCGACAACGGCAAGGGUCUGCAAUGCUACACCGCCCCGCACUCAUGGAAGCUGGUCUUUGAGUAUUCCGCACGGAUGUUCGAGAUCAUCUUUACCGCAUGCUCGGCGACGGAAGCGGACGUCUGGCGCCAACAUAUUGGCGACUCCAUCACGAGCCAGUCGCAAGCGGUUGCAGAAGGCCAGUCGAAUGUAUUCGAGCUGCAUUCACCUUUGAUUGCAGAAAUGCGCAGUGUCGGAAAGGCAUUUGGAAAGCCGGGCAGUUUCGUGCGACGCAUGUCGGUCCACCGCACGGCGACCGUUGGUCCCACGACCGAUUUGAAUCAAGUCAUCAUCAAGAACACGCAAGCGGCGAAAGAGGCGCUGGAGACUUCAUCCACCACCUCCCUGCAAAUUCCUCGCUCGCAAUCCAUGGCAACGCCAAGUCACGUCCAGACCCUCGCGCCCGGACGGGCGGACAGAGUACGCCUGGAGAGCAUACUCUGCGACGUGUGGACCAAAGACCUCCUUCCAUACCCGGGCAUGCAACCCCGGCGAUCAGACCCAAUCCGCGCAUCUGCCAACCACGUCAUCCGCAAGUUCAGCAUGGCGAGCAUCACGAGCAACUUCUCGUCAUCGAAGCGAUCAGCCAGCUACACGAGCAUCAGCACCAACCACAAAGAAGACAUGCCGCCGCCGAAACUGCAGAAGAGUAUGCGCGGUCGAGCGAACACGAACAAGCCUACUGCUAGACCGCCGCUCGUGGACUUUCACAACGCACCGGAAGCUUUCCUACCUGAGGAUUUCGAAUUGCAGGUUGAUCGUGGCAGCAAACGCAAGAAGUCGGCGCUGCGCACGUUGACUAUGACCAUGGAGCGGCCGUUCAGCCCAUUGCUGGGACACGAUCAGAAAGCCUCUGUUCUACGCCGAGCACAGAGCGUGAAGGAAGUCGGCGGAGCGAAGUCUUCAGUCCCGAUGGCGACGUCGGGGGAUGAUAGCGUAGGAGACGACAAGUCUUACCCGCCGGCAUACAGUGUUGGACGAGAGCGGACGAAGACGUUGCGAUCUAGUGAUGAGACGAUCAUCGCAGGGCAUGGCAAUGGAUCUGCCAAGACGCCCAAGAAGAGCAAGAGCAGCAAGAUAUUGCGCUUGUUUAAGGGGUGA